AUUACCAAUUUACCAUCAACAUUGCCCUGCCAAAACCUAAAUCUUUCAAAGUAUCUUUCAAGACGUCGCUUAUCCAGCCAUAGUUCAAUAUGGGCCGUUGGAUGAAACCAGAGGUGUACCCUUUAAUGGCUGCCAUGAGUUUCGUGACCGGAAUGUGCAUUUUUCAGGCCACCAGAAACAUCUUCCUCAACCCUGACGUGAGGGUGACCAAAGCUCACCGGACCACACCGGUUCUGGACAACCACCGGGAAGGCCGCCGCUAUUCCGAGCACAGCCUCCGCAAGUUCCUCCGCACACGUCCGCCGGAGAUCAUGCCCACCAUUAACCGCGUUUUCUCCAACCCUCACACUUCUCUUCCAGAGAAUACUAAAUAAGGGAUUUUAAGUUGAAAAUUAAGUGUGAUUGAAACUUCGAUUUUACAUUUGAGUAAUUAAAUUUGAUUCUAAAUUAGAUUAUGAUAUAAUUUACCACUGGAGUUUGGUUUUGAUUCUUUUGUUUCGAUGUGAUGUUUAUGAGUUACCAUUCU